AUGUGGUUCCCUUCUUUACAUUCACAAACUCCUACUGUACAACAACAGCAACAGCAACAGCAGCAACAACAAACAUCAAAGAAUAAUAAUAAUAGUGGUAUACCAAAAUCAAGUAGUUCUACAUCACUUGUUAAUUCCGAAUCAUAUGACUCUUUAGUUGCUAUUGAUAAUCAACAACAACAACAACAACAACAACAAAAGAAUGGCAAUGGUAAACAAACAACAUCAACAUCUACACCGUUGAAUACAAGCAGUGGAAUGGAGAAUGUAAGAAUCGGAGGUGGUAAUGGUAUCGUCACUGUAGAGGAGAGUGCUCGUGAAAAAGCAAGUUUCUUUACAAAACUAAAGAAUCCUAAAGCAUUGGAGAUUAAAAAGAGUCUAAAUAAUUUUACACAUCAAUUUGCAUCGAAUGGACCAGGUAAACUUGAGGAACAAGGUCAUACUGUUGUUACAUAUUCGAGAGAGUUGGAGAAUUGGAUACUUUCCAAUCAAUUGUGGGAGAAUGCAAACGAUGCUGAGAUCGAAGGUAUCAGAGAUGGAAUUGAAAAGUUCAUAAUGACUAAAGUAUUUCAUUGUACAUUUAUGCCAGCUAGAUUAGGAGGAUUGGAAGCAAGUGAUGGAAAUAUUGUACCGGAACAAGGUUUGAUAGCAACGGAAGAAGAUUUAAAGAUAUACAAGCUGAUUCUUACACUGUCAUUCAUUACACCACUGCACUUGGAUAUCCAAAAGUUUGUUCAAUCGAAUGGCGCACUCAUCGAAAAGUCAAUGAUUGAACUCAGAAAGAUGAAUACCUACAAGACACCGCGUGAUAAAAUGAUUUGUAUUUAUAAUAGUUGUAAAGUUAUCUUUAGAUUAUUAUCAUCAAUGAAUAAUACGCCCUCGGGAGCAGACGAUUUCCUGCCUAUUCUAAUUUUUGUAGUUUUAAAAGCAAAUCCACCAAUGUUACAUUCAAACAUACAGUAUAUAUCAACAUUUAGAAAUCCAAGUAGAAUGUCAACAGAGACAGGUUGUUAUUUCACACAUUUGGUGUCGGCACUCACAUUCAUCGAGAAUAUACAGCCAUCCGAUCUGACCAUCGAGGAAUCAGAGUUUUACAGACUUAGAGAGCGUUGUGAGGCAGAGUUACCUACUAAGCUGCAUCCAGACGUUCUGAAACGAAUGAACCUAUUGAAGACACUCCAACAAAACAGCAUGAAUCAAGCACCGCUCUCCAAUCAAUAUAUAGCAACAACACCAAAGCCAACAAUGACACCAACAACACUAACACCAACACCACCAACCUCUAUUAAAUACGAGUUUAUUAAUUAUAAUGUGGAUGAUUUAAAGAUUGGACAAUUACAAAAACUUUUAGAUGACUACAAGAGAUUGGCAAUGGAAAACAAUAUACUACGAUCAAAGAUGUCAGGAUUCAACUCGGAAGCAUCAUCACUUUCCUCAUCACCAGCAUUGAGCAGAAUGCCAUCUUGGACAUCUUCUUCACCGUCUCUCUCUUUCUCAAAUGCACCACCCCAAGCAUUCACAUCGACACUCACACAGAUCAUGGAGAAAGUCGAAAGUCAACAACCACCACCACCUUUAACACCAACGAAAUCAUCGUCAUCACCAUCCAACCAAUCUUUAUUAGAUUAA